GGUCACUUACGCUUACAUCUGAUGGCAGCGGUGAUCAAGAACCUCAGAACGCCUUACGUUUACCUCCUCGCCGACGCCGAUCCAUGCUAUCUGCCUACAAGGUACUACUGUCGAAGUGCCUCCUCGCCUACUUUAACGCCCAGCCAUCACUACCAAGUCUUCUUCGCACCAUGUCUACCCUACUACUUCGUGCUGACUACUCACGUCUUUGCUACCCUCCUGACGAAGUCGCUGACGAUAUGUUCCCGCACUCUACGCCGCCACAAAUCCGGCUCAUCUACCUCGCCACGUCUUCACGAACCUUCGUCAGCACAACCAUGGAGCCGCCAUUCUACUCAGCACCACCAAUACUUCCUAGCUACUAUUAAAACUUCUGAAGAUGAUUGACCCUCCUCGCUACUGAAUGUUGCACCUCAGUGCGAAACCUCCGCCGCACCCGCUACCUUGGCACGCGACGACCCAAGCGACCAUCGGAUCACCAGGAACCAUCUGUAGAUACCGAACAGAACCUGUAUCCCUAUCUGCUACUGCAGUGUUCCAGCGUUGCAGACGGCUCGAGGACGAGCCUUUCGCGCGGCCGAGC